GAUCUGAAACGGCUGAAAAAUUACCGCGUCUCUGUAUGGUUGAACUGUGGUCUGGGAGCAGCUAUGCGGAUCAGGCUGCAGGGCUCUGGCCAUGCUGCUCGUCUUCUCAGUGAGCUCAACCGCUGCCGUCUGUCCCGACUCCUCUGUGAUGUGAUCUUGCGGGUGGGCGGGCGAACUUUUCCCGCCCACCGUGCCGUGCUCGCCUGUGCUGGCACACACUUUCAUACCUUGUUCUCCAGAUGCUCUCCUGGUCAGACAGGUGCUCCUGCUACCUUCUCCCUGGACUUUGUGUCCCCAGCCAAUUUCGAGAAAGUAUUGACUUUUAUCUACACGGGCGAGAUCUUCACCGACUUGAUUGACGUGAGGGUGCUGUAUGAACUGGCAGAACGGCUGGGCGUGAGAGAGCUAGUGCGUGCCUGUCAUGCCACCUUCCCUGACCUGCAGAACUCCGGCUCUGGAGACUGCAUGGCGGACGGAGACAUGGACUCUGAUAUGGUCUCAGCCACCGCCAUGCCUCCAUCCGUCUGCUCGUCAUCGGCGGCGUCCUGUUCCUCGCUGUCGUCAUCUGCUGUACCCACCCCAAUCGCUCCGUCACCUCUUUCUCAGGGCAGGGGGGUGAGGCAGAACCGUGCAAAUGCCCCUCCACUUUCGCUCUCUCAGUCCCCCAAAGCUGAAGACUUGCAGUCACAUUUGGGCUAUGGUCAGAUAGCUGACAGGAAGCAGUUACAUUGUGAGCAGAGCCCGUCAGACAGUCACCACUCACAGGCCGUAGAGAUUCUACCAGGACUCACUCUGCAGCUGAAGACAGAGCAAGAUGACGGGCUGGAGGAGAGCAUUGACAGGGGGAGCAGUACAGAGGGGCAGCAGGUACUGUCAACAGGGAGUAAAUCUGGACCAGACUCCCAAUGUGUCUCUGAACCUUGCUCUAUUCCUGACUCUUCUGCCCAGCUCGGAGGAGAAAACUGCGUCCCCUCCUCCUCUGUUGAUCCUCUGGACAGCCUGCAGCUUGGAGCGGUGGAGGGUGGCGUGGGAGGUGUUGAGGAGGCAGUGUUGUUUGAGGAAGAGGACGAGAAUGAUGUGGAAAGGAGGCGCUCCCAAGAGGACCAGACAGAAGGAGGUGAGCAGUGGAGAGGACUGGUGGAGGACAUCAUUGAGCUGAGCGAUGAUGAGGAGAAUUACAUGGAGGAAGAGGAGGACGAUGAGGUGUUGAUGUGUGUGGAGAACGGAGGGAACGGGGUCGGAUCGAACCCAGGACAGACGGUUGGCACAUCAUCAGCAUUGUGUAAAGCCUGCGGAAUGGCACUCCCUGCAGACACCAACGCUAUCCGUGCCCACGCCGAGACACACCUCUCUGAGACGGGCAUGUGCCGCGUGUGCGGCGCCUCCUUCCCCGACCACAGUGCCCGUGUUACCCAUGCAUUGUCACAUGUUGGCAUCCUGCUCUUCUCCUGUGACAUGUGCCACCUCCAGUUCUGCAGCCAGGCGAAACUGAUCCGCCACCGACGCCAGGCAGCAGCCAGAUACAACUUUCCUCAACCGGACCAGCUUAACAGCGCUGUACAGGGACCAGGAGGAGAACUGCAGUGUUCUGUGUGCAGCAAACACAUCCCAAAGGAUUUCAAGGCCGUCCGAGACCACGUACAAAGUCACGUCUGUGUGCAGUCUCUUCGCUGUGGCGUAUGCCAGGUGCCCCAACCCUCUCUGUGUGCUCUGUUGUGGCAUGUCCUCUCACACCUCUCCCUCCCAAUUUAUUCGUGCCCACAGUGUGCCUGUAGCUUCCUAGAGCAGGCCCUGCUUGACAGACAUUUGGCCCUGCAUGCAGAGGAAGCAGGAGCAGCAAAAGAGUUGGUGGGUGGCCAAGAGGUCGGUGGAGAAGGUUUGGAGGACCUGCGCUGUUUCCUGUGUCCACAGACCUUCCGUUCAACUUCAGCCUUCCACGUCCAUCUGGGCAUGCACACAGCAGAGACUCAGGGCAUGCAGGGCGGGUCGCUGAAACGCAAGGCUGAGCAGGCUCAGGAGUACUCUUCAACCUCUUCAUCACCGCUGGAGGCUACGGGCUUGGGUAAACUCAGUAACCUGGGAUUCGGUUUGGGCAUGGGUUUCAACCUCCCAGAGAAACUGAUCCAGGGCGCCAUAUCUUUACCUCCCGGACUCCUGCCGAACGGUUACUCGGGUAACGCAGCGGCAGGAGCUGGCCUCAAACAGAAGUGGUACCGUUGCCGGUUCUGCGGGAAACGUUUCGCUCAUUCGGGGGAAUUCACGUAUCACUUGCGCAUCCACACGGGUGAGAAGCCAUACCAGUGCAAAGUGUGCCUGCGAUUCUUCCGUGGCCGUUCUACCAUGAUCUGCCAUCUGAAAACGCACGCAGGUGCUCUCAUGUACCGUUGCACUGUUUGCGGCCUCUACUUCUCCACACUUAAACUGGUGUCCUCGCACAUGGAGCUCCAUAAAGACCAGUUGCCUCCAGACUUCAACAUAGAGCAGACCUUCAUGUACAAUGACCAUUCCAAAGAGCCCCUCCCCAACCUGGACGCCUAA